GCUCAAAUAAACAGCUGUUUGUAGAUAAACAUAACUGUUGCUUGUGGUUGUUGCGCACACAAAGGAAACAAAGAUUAUUUCAAAGCAGCGUCGUGAAAAUGUGAAAAUCCGCAGCAAGAGAGACACGCCCACAAUCGCUUGCUCAUUAAAAACAUCAACGAUGAACAGCGUUCACGCACGAAUCAAGAUAUUUAAAAGCUGGUCAGGCAUCAGCGAGGUGUCUAUUAUCAAGGAGGUGGCCACCAAGGGCGAGCACAUCGAAUUGUGCAUAGAAUAUUGGGCUGCCAAACGAAAAAUACCAAUACCCGAGUACAGGCAUUAUUUUCACGAUGUCGUGCAGGCCUAUGUGCAGCGUUUGCUCUCCGAGCGACUCGUCUGCAAGGCGGAAACUGUGCUCCACAAUGUGGAGCGGGAUGUGAAAUGCUUCUUCUAUCAAUAUGCCUGCGAGUGCGACGAUCCGGAUCUAAGUGAAUUUGUGCUGGACCAUUUGCGCGGCCGCGAGCCGCAGCUGUACGAGGACGAGCAACCGGUGCUGGACUACUACUGGUCCCUAGUGCAACAGCUGCGCGAGUGCAGCGAGCUGCAGGCCAAGCAUCAGGAUCUGUUGCCACGUGUUCAUAUCGAGGCAUUGAUGAAGCUGCCGGAACAAAAGCUGCAGCAGCUGCUCGUCGAACUCUACUUUGCUAAUGGCAAUGGGGCCCUGCUGCCGGAGCUCAACAAACAGCUCGUCUGGCAGCAUCUCGUCGAUGCGGGAGAGCAGCGCCAGCUGCGUCGCUGGUGCCAGGCUGUCGCUCAGCAACUGGAGCAAGACCCUUUGGAGCAGGCCUUUGCCAGGUGGCAAAUCGAGGCGUCUAUGUACGAAUAUGCCUUGACCCAUUUGAAAGAUCCCUGCGAGCGACUGCGCAAUCACUUUGCCCAAGCUGGCUACUUCUUCCCAACCGAAGCCUCGGACAUAUCCACGCUCUUGCGUCGCCUGUGCACCAUGCAGUGCCUGGAGCAGCAGCAGCCGCUGCUCUGCCAGCUGCCACUGGCCAAGCAUCUGCUGCAACGCGGCUAUCACUCACUGCUGCUGCUGCGCUGUGUGCCGAUCGCUUCGCUGGAGCAGCAGCUGGUGGGCGAGAACGAGCCGCUGCUCAGUCUGCUCAUCGAUCUCAAGACGCACGAUCUAACGGAACGGAAUGGAUUUGAGCUGAUCUCGCAGAGCGUUCAGUGCUAUCUGGAGCGCACACAUCAUGGCGAGGAUUCGCUGCAGGAACAGCCGCUCUUGACCUUCUACGACUUUCUCUGCCACGAGCCGAGCGUGCGCUCCCUGGAGGGCUUCCUCUCCUCCAGCAACUUGCGUCGCGUACCCUAUUUAAACUCUUUGAUGCAACGCUUCGAGCACCAUGGCUCCAGUGGCUGCACCGCUCUGCCCACUGCCCAGGAGCUCUUUCACAAGUUCAAGCAUGUGAAUCUCGCUGCCGGCCAUGGCGAGCUGGUCAGCUUCUCCAACACGCGGCUGAGCCAGCGCUAUGCGAGGAAGGCGCAGCUGAACUACACCCAUUAUCUGAAGCAGCAGCGGAGCGCCUAUGCCGUCUACUAUCUGAUCCUGGAGCAGCUGCAGCUGUAUGGCCAGAUCACGCGCACUCAGCUCUUCCAUGCGUGCGAGACGGCCACGCAGCUGGCGCUGCAGCAUGCCGGCGACGAGGAGCUGGUGACGCACUGCGUCGCCUGCUGUGAGAUGUUGGACUUUGAUACGCAAUCGUUGCGCAGCUAUUUGCACUUGCAGAGGCAGCUGCCAACGGCUGCGACAUGUGGCAGCUAUACGCAGCAGCUGGAGCAAUGGGACGAGGCGUUGGUGGGACAGCUGGUCAAGCAACCGGAGCACUUUCCUCUGGAAUCCUAUCAAGCUCUGAUGCGCUUGGCAGCGCGCAAUGUCCAUGGCAAAUGGCCGACGGCGCUGUUGCAACAUUAUGCGGCACACAACGACUGGUGGCAGCUGCUCCUGCUGUUCCAGUACUUUGAGCUGCCCCUCACCGAGCUGAAGCAACUCCUGCCGCACUUCAAGUGCCAGUCCCUGGGCAUUCAUAUGCUGCGCGCGCUCAGCCACGAGUGCGGCCACGAGCGGCAGCACAAGCGCGCGGUCAAUCGGCGCAGCGAUGGACCCACCCAUUCCUCGCAAGAAACCAUGACCAACUCCUCGCACAGCUCCGGCCUGGAUGGCAAUCUGCAGCAGCUCCAACAUCUCAAUGGCCAAUCUCUGUGCAAUCUCCUUACGCACAAUGCGCAGCCGGAUCUGUUUGCCCUGGUGCUGUGCAGCAGCAACAGUCUGCCGGAGGAGUCCAUUGGCAGUUUGGCGCGCCUCGUGGAGCUGAUGCAGAGCAGCGCCAAUCACUGCAGCAGCCUCAAUUUGCUCAAGCAUUGUGUGCGCCAGCAAAUGCCCGUGCUGGCCGUCCUGGCGGCCACGCUGAGCGCACAGAAUCGCGACUGGUGCUGGCUGCUGUGGCUGGUCGUGGCCAGCGGCCAGUGGCCGCAGCUGCUGCAGCAGUGCAGCAAAGCCAAGGAGCCGCUGCAGCAGACGGAGCUCAUCUGGUUUGUGAUCAGCGGCGCCGUCAAGGCGGGCCAACUGACGACGCUGCUGCACAGCUUCUGCAUAUUUCAGCCACACUGCGCCUUCCUUCAUCUGUGCCGCUUUCUGCAACUAACCGCACAACGGCAGGACUUUAGUGAUUCCACUAUUUUGGAGCUGCGUCAAUUCUUCUGCAAUUGGAGUCGGGAUGCAGUGCAGCUGCCGCUCUGUGAGCCGCUGCCGCGCAAACAGCUGAUGCAGCGCUGCUUUGGACUGCUGCUGCUGCACAUGCAGACGAACUUCGACUGCGUUCUGCAGCAGCAGAAGUUUCUGGAGUGCAUCUGCCGCUCGGAUGUGGGCGACAUUUGCGAUCUGCUGGACUUUUGUCUGCUGCAUCGCAUCUUUGGCGUGGCGGCGCCCUGGCUGGGCCAGCUGGGCAUUGACUACGAGCAGCUGGUGCGGCGCGACAGCCUGGAGUAUAAGCGUCUGGUGGAUACGCUCACCGAGGCGAAGGCCUAUGAGCAGGCGCUGCAGCUGGCGACGCUGUUGCAGCUGCCGCUGGCGGACAUCGUCUAUGCCAAGUGGCUGGCCGAGCUGGAGGCGGGCGAGCUGCGCCAGCACGAGCAGUAUGAGCAGGAGAUCGAGCAGCAUGCCCUGCCGCCAGCUAUCCUGGUGAACUUCCUGCUGCAGGCCGCUGCUGCCCAGCAGCCGGAGACGCAGCUGCGACGUCGCUACGAGCUGCUGCAGAGCUCGCUGGGAGUGAUCAAGCAGCAUCAUUUGUUCCCCAAUGAAUCCUUCGACAGGGAUCAGAUAGAGUACGACAUGGUCGUCUGCUAUCUGCAGCUGGAGGCCGAGCAGCUGCAGACUGUGGAGAUCUAUCAUUCCGAGUACUUUGAGCAGAUAAUGCGGCAGGAGCGUUGCGUGCUCUACAAAUCCUUCGCGGAGCUGAAGGAGCUGGCUGGCAUCGAUGACCUGAGCAUAGCCAACAAAAUCCACCUCACAGCCGAGAUGGAACAGCGCUUGAGUGACCUACUGAAUCUACUGUUGGAUGAAGGUGACAUUGUGGAGGCACUGCGUCUGCAGGAGCUGUUUGAGUUUCGCCCAAAUGACUUGCGCUUCAUUGUCUUUGCCAUGGCUCUGGCCGAGGGCAUGACCAGCAUCGCGAAUCUGUCCAACAAGGAGCGCCAGCUGCUAAGCGACAUUGAGAAGAGCGCGUUUCCCAAGUUUAAUCGUCUGACGCUCAAUCAGAGUCCCAUGAAUCGUUGCAGCAGCGAUCUCUCGGACAGCUAUUCCACGCUCGAGUUCGAGGAGAUUCCCUCGAAGGAGAAGCAACAAACUCUGGAAACGCUGCUGGGCAUUGGCUCCAAGCUGAAGCACGGCGUCGAGCUGGGGCGACGCAUUGUGCUGGCCUAUCGCACGGCCAUGUAUCUGGACAAGGAGUACCUGGACGUGCUGCGCACCAAGGAUGUCAGUGUGCUGCUCAAGAGCGCCGCCGAGGAGGAGUGUCUGCAGCGGCUGCUAGUGGUCAGCGAUAUACACAUAUCCACAAGGCUGACACCACAGGAGAUCGCUGAAUCCCUUGCUCUGGAGCUAACCACCUGCAUUCUGCGUCCACGUUUCUACAUCUUCCAUGCCAGUCAGCAGCCACGCAAUGCUCCACGUAACGCCGACCUCUGGGGCCAUAAUAUCGAUCGGGACUUCCAUCUGUUUCUGGAGCUGACUCCGAACACUACGCUGCUGGGCAAUUGCCUGCUGGAGUAUUGUGAUGCACUGAAGGCCUAUAGGCGCUAUCAGGACAACAAGCCUUAUGUGCAGAGCAAGGCCUUCGAGCUGCUCUCCGGGAUCAUAACACUCUACGGGCUGCCGCACAGUCACAAUGCGGUCAGCUCCGCGGGCAUUCCGCAGGUGCUCUCGAGCAAGAAACAUAAUCAAAUCUAUGUGGAGCUUCUGAUCAAGGCGCAUUUGUGCUUCGUGCACGAGUGCUCCAUGGAGGGCAUUGCCAAUGUGCUGGAGCGAGCCAAGCAGCUGAAUGGCCAGCUAACCAAGGCCAAGUCGUGGUCCCUAAUCGUUCGCCUGCUCAUUGGCAUUGCACGGUACCGAGAGAUGUUCUACUGCUUCGAUGCGUUGAUUGAGAACGAGCAAUUCGAGUCGCUGCUGGGCCAAUUCGAUGAGGAUCAGAAGAGUGGACUGAGACAGGCGAUCCUCUGCUAUCUGCGUGAGUACAAUCCCAAGAAUAGCAAGGAGCUGCUGCAUCUCGCUGCACAUCAUUUCCUCAUGUACAAGGAGCUGGCGGAAAUGUGGUCGAGCGAGGCGCACCAGAUCUUGGAGCGAGUGCGCAGCACCGCGAGCGCCGGCCCAACUGAGCUCAAGUGCAGCCAUGAGCUGCAGCAGCAGCUGCAGCAGGCACUGGAGAACUAUACGCACGCCACCGAGAACUAUUUGCUGGACAACAAACUGAUAUUGGCACAGCAGAGCGUGGCACGCGCCGAGCUGAUGGCCAUGCAACUGGAUCUGUGUAACAAGGCGAUGGAGAGAAGGGGAUCAGGAGGCGGCGGAGCAGCAGGAGGUAUGAAUAGCAGCAGCAGCAGCUCUUCCAUGCCACUCAGCAUCAGUGUCAUUGGCGUGCAGACACGCGAACAAUUCCGGGAGCUGGUCAAUCAGCAAUUGAGCGUACCCCAAACCCUCAUAUUGAGUCGCGCCUAUGGCUACGAUAUUAACUGGAGUGAAGCAUUGUUAUCACAAUUUGUGCUAUUGCAAAGAGCCAAUUAUCUGCAGCAAUAUCUCAGUCAUCAGCGCAUCAGUGACAGUGUUAUUGAGCAGGUGGUCAAAGGCUACAUAUUGCACACACAAAACAAUCCAACCAGUGCCAAAUAUGAUGUAUCCCUAACACAAUUGGUGGAGCUCAUUCGAUCCGUUACAUUGAAAUAUAAGUUGGCCUCCAUUUUGGGUUUGAAAGCGAUUGUGAUGGCGCUUAUAAAUGAUUCCACGGUGCACUAUUUGCGCGACACGAACUUCGGUCGCAAUGAGCUGCACAACGUAACGAAUAUGUGACACAGUUUAUGUGAUUUUAAACCUUUAUUAUAUAUGAAUGAACUGAUUGUAAAUUACUU